AUUUUUUUGAAGAUCCAAACCAAAAAGAGUGGUAUUUGCUAGCAACAACAUAAUGGAGGCAGUCAAUCAAUAUAGAUUGAUCCGAAAUCUGAUUCAAAUCCAAUUCCAAUAUAGUCCCUAUGGGUACAUAAGAAAUGUAUUGAAUCGAUUCUUUUUAAUGAAGAGACCUGAUCGCAACUUCGAAUAUGGAAUUCAAAGGGAUCUAAUAGGAAAUGAUACUCUGAAUCAUAGAACUAUAAUGAAAGAUACGAUCAACCAACAUUUAUCGAAUUUGAAAAGAGUCAGAAGAAAUGGUUCGAUCCUCUUAUUUUUCUUUCUCGAACCGAGAGAUCCAUAAAUCGGGAUCCUAAUGCAUAUAGAUACAAAUGGUCCAAUGGGAGCAAGAAUUUCCAGGAGCAUUUGAAACAUUUCGUUUCUGAGCGGAAGAGCCGUUUUCAAGUAGUGUUCGAUCGAUUAUGUAUUAAUCAAUAUUCGAUUGAUUGGUCUGAGGUUAUUGAUAAAAAAGAUUUGUCUAAGUCACUUCGUUUCUUUUUGUCCAAGUUACUUCGUUUUUUGUCCAAGUUACUUCUCUUUUGUCUAACUCACUUCCUUUUUUCUUUGUGAGUUUCGAGAAUAUCCCCAUUCAUAGGUCUGAGAUCCACAUCUAUGAAUUGAAAGGUCCGAACGAUCAACCCUGCAAUCAGUUGUUAGAAUCAAUAGGUCUUCAAAUCGUUCAUUUUAAAAAAUUGAAACCCUUUUUAUUGGAUGAUCAUAAUACUUCUCAAAAAUCGAAAUUCUUGAUCAAUGGAGGAACAAUAUCACCAUUUUUGUUCAAUAAGAUACCAAAGUGGAUGAUUGACUCAUUCCAUACUAGAAAGAUCGCAGGAAAUCUUUUGAUAACACGGAUUCCUAUUUCUCAAUCGUAUCCCACGAUCAAGACAAUUGGCUGAAUCCCGUGAAACCAUUUCAGAGAAGUUCAUUGAUAUCUUCUUUUUCUAAAGCAAAUCGACUUCGAUUCUUGAAUAAUCCACAUCACUUCUGCUUCUAUUGUAACAAAAGAUUCCCUUUUUAUGUGGAAAAGGCCCGUCUCAAUAAUUCUGAUUUUACGUAUGGACAAUUCCUCACUAUCUUGUUCAUUCACAACAAAAUAUUUUCUUCGUGUGGUGGUAAAAAAAACAUGCUUUUUUGGAGAGAGAUACUAUUUCACCUUCGUCAAUCGAGUCACAGGUAUCUAACAUAUUCAUAUCUAACGAUUUUCCACAAAGUGGUGACGAAAGGUAUAACUUGUACAAAUCUUUCCAUUUUCCAAUUCGAUCCGAUCCAUUAGUUCGUAGAGCUAUUUACUCGAUUGCAGACAUUUCUGGAACACCUCUAAUAGAGGGACAAAGAGUAAAUUUGGAAAGAACGUAUUGUCAAACUCUUUCAGAUAUGAAUCUAUCCGAUUCAGAAGAGAAGAGCUUGCAUCAGUAUCUCAAUUUCAAUUCAAACGUGGGUUUGAUUCACACUCCAUGUUCUGAGAAAUAUUUACAGAGGAAAAACGGAGUCUUUGCCUAAAAAAAUGCGUUGACAAAGGGCAGAUGGAUAGAACCUUUCAACGAGAUAGUGCUUUUUCAACUCUCUCAAAAUGGAAUCUAUUCCAAACAUAUAUGCCAUGGUUCUUUACUUCGACAGGGUACAAAUAUCUAAAUUUGAUAUUUUUAGAUAUUUUUUCAGACCUAUUGCGGAUACUAAGUAGCAGUCAAAAAUUUGUAUCCAUUUUUCAUGAUAUUAUGUAUGGAUUAGAUAUAUCAUGGCGAAUUCUUCAGAAAAAAUUGUGUCUUCCACAAAGGAAUCUGAUAAGUGAGAUUUCGAGUAAGUCUUUACAUAAUCUUCUUCUGUCCGAAGAAAUGAUUCAUCGAAAUAAUGAGUCAUCGUUGAUAUCGACACAUCUGAGAUCGCCAAAUGUUCGUGAGGUCCUCUAUUCAAUCCUUUUCCUUCUUCUUGUUGCUGGAUAUAUCGUUCGUACACAUCUUCUCUUUGUUUCCCGAGCCUAUAGUGAGUUACAGACAGAGUUCGAAAAGAUCAAAUCUUUGAUGAUUCCAUCAUACAUGAUUGAGUUGCGAAAACUUCUGGAUAGGUAUCCUACAUCUGAACAGAAUUCUUUCUGGUUAAAGAAUCUUUUUCUAGUUGCUCUGGAACAAUUAGGAGAUUGUCUAGAAGAAAUACGGGGUUCUGGCGGCAACAUGCUAUGGGGUGGUGAUCCCGCUUAUGGGGUCAAAUCAAUACGUUCUAAGAAGACAGAUUUGAAAAUAAACUUCAUCGAUAUCAUCGAUCUCAUAAGUAUCAUACCAAAUCCCAUCAAUCGAAUCACUUUUUCGAGAAAUACGAGACAUCUAAGUCAUACAAGUAAAGACAUCUAUUCAUUGAUAAGAAAAAGAAAAAACGUGAGCGGUGAUUGGAUUGAUGAUAAAAUAGAAUCCUGGGUCGCGAACAGUGAUUCGAUUGAUGAUAAAGAAAGAGAAUUCUUGGUUCAGUUCUCCACCUUAAGGGCAGAAAAAAGGAUUGAUCAAAUUCUAUUGAGUCUGACUCAUAGUGAUCAUUUAUCAAAGAAUGACUCUGGUUAUCAAAUGAUUGAACAACCGGGAACAAUUUACUUACGAUACUUAGUUGACAUUCAUAAAAAGUAUCUAAUGAAUUAUGAGUUCAAUACAUCCUGUUUAGCAGAAAGACGGAUAUUCCUUGCUCAUUAUCAGACAAUCACUUAUUCACAAACUUCGUGUGGGGCUAAUAGUUUUCAUUUCCCGUCUCAUGGAAAACCCUUUUCGCUCCGCUUAGCCCUAUCCCCUCUAGGAGUAUUUUAGUGAUAGGUUCUAUAGGAACCGGACGAUCCUAUUUGGUCAAAUACCUAGCGACAAACUCCUAUGUUCCUUUCAUUACAGUAUGUCUGAACAAGUUCCUGGAUAACAAGCCGAAAGGUUUUUUUCUUGAUGAUAUCGAUAUUGAUGAUAGUGACGAUAUUGAUGCUAGUAACGAUAUUGAUCGUGAACUUGAUACGGAGCUGGAGCUUCUAACUAUGAUGAAUGCGCUAACUAUGGAUAUGAUGUCGGAAAUAGACCGAUUUUAUAUCACCCUUCAAUUCGAAUUAGCAAAAGCAAUGUCUCCUUGCAUAAUAUGGAUUCCAAACAUUCAUGAUCUUGAUGUGAAUGAGUCGAAUUACUUAGCCCUCGGUCUCUUGGUGAACUCUCUCUCCAGGGAUUGUGAAAGAUGUUCGACUAGAAAUAGUCUUGUUAUUGCUUCGACUCAUAUUCCCCAAAAGUGGAUCCCGCUCUAAUAGCCCCGAAUAAAUUAAAUACAUGCAUUAAAAUAAGAAGGCUUCUUAUUCCACAACAACGAAAGCACUUUUUCACUCUUUCCUAUACUAGGGGAUUUCACUUGGAAAAGAAAAUGUUCCAUACUAAUGGAUUCGAGUCCAUAACCAUGGGUUCCAGUGCACGAGAUCUUGUAGCACUUACCAAUGAGGCCUUAUCAAUUAGUAUUACACAGAAGAAAUCAAUUAUAGACACUAAUACAAUUAGAUCUGCUCUUCAUAGACAAACUUGGGAUUUGCGAUCCCAGGUAAGAUCGGUUCAGGAUCAUGGGAUCCUUUUCUAUCAGAUAGGAAGGGUUGUUGCACAAAAUGUACUUAUAAGUAAUUGCCCCAUAGAUCCUAUAUCUAUCUAUAU